GGCAUCAUUUCCGCUUUGAGAACUGGCGGGACUUCUUCACUGGAUAGGAAAGCUGCGGGUUGUUUACAAACCUCGGAGGUUGUUUAAACACACAGAAAAUGAUGACAACAAACGGAAAAGACGCGUGUAGGGUCAAAGAAGAGGCGCACACAGCUGCGGUAAACGGAGAUGGCGCAGAGGCGUCGCCGCAGUCGAAGCGGCCGCAGAGGUUCACCUUCAGCUCCGAGCCCUCCAUCGAGGAUAUUCGGCGCAUGCAGGCCGAUUUUACGGACGAGCGGGACUGGAACCAGUUUCACCAGCCCCGCAACCUUCUCCUGGCCAUGGUCGGGGAAGUGGGCGAGGUGGCAGAGCUCUUCCAGUGGAAGGGAGAGGUAGCCGAGGGCCUGCCGGACUGGACCGAGACAGAGCGGGAGCAGCUGGCGCACGAGCUCAGCGACGUGUUGAUCUACCUCGUGGAGCUGGCCGAGAAGUGUCGCGUGGACCUCCCGCAAGCGGUGCUCCGUAAAAUGGCUCUAAACCGUCUGAAAUACCCCGCCAGCAAAGUGCAGGGGUCGGCCAAGAAGUACACAGAGUAUAAAGACUGAUGGAGGAGGAGGAGAGCACGGGAGUAGUGUGUUUGCUGGAACUGCUGCUGUUUAACAAAGACCCACAAACGCUACACAAUCACAGCUCGGUUUAAAUGACAUUUUCUGGGUUUACAUGUUAGGAAACCACGAAAACCUUCAACUGUUGUGUUAUCUGGGAGUUGUCCGAACUAAAGGAAUAUGUUGGCUUUCACUGAAGUUCACUUUUAAGUCCUGAGUUUUAGUCUGACCUUCACUGUGCCUCGGUUAGUUUAAGGUGGGACUGUUGCGCAUCGCCUUUCGGGGGCUUAUUUGUCACUAAACAUUUUAAGUUAUUUAGAUUGGCUCCAGUGUCACCACGGAGUGGAGUGUUGAUCAGUGCCAGACUGACAGUCUUGUCUCUUUUUUCCAUCCAAAUGUAUAAGUAUAUUCUUCAAAUUUGGAUGUUUUUAUCACAUUUUGUCAUGAGUAAAAGUCGAGUCUGAGUUAUGUUUUCACUCAUUUGUCAGCUGUUUUGUGUUUUAAAGGAUAAAACUGGAUUAGUAAUCUGUUAACCAACCUGCAGUUGAUUAAGCAGGUACCUUAAUUGAUGUUUUGAUUUCAGUCGCAUGCCAGCUAAUCUUGGUGUCCACUUUGUUCAGUUUUUUUUUUCUUUUUUUUGACAAUUUAUGAAACAUCGCAGAUUCAAUAAUGUCUUAUUAUUCAUGAAAAGGCAAGUUACGUCCGUAAACCAGGAUGUUUUUAUUUGGGCUGUAAUAAAGUGCAGUUACAAUCCAUCCUUUUUCCCCCCCCUUUUUUUUUUUUUUAUAAACUUCUUUCUAAGACACUAUAAUCAUGUGGAAGUUUCCCACACUCACAAACAAAAGGUUAAGUGAAGUAAGGAUAAAAGGAUCCUGUAUUUGAAAUUGUGUAUGUAUAGCACUGUGCAAAAGUCUUGAGCCACCUUUCAUUUCUUAAAAUUCUUCUGUUAAAACAUAAACGUAUAUGGAAAUUCAGCAUAUAAGACAAAAACAGUUUGUAUAAUUCUGCCAAUCUUAAUGUCCAUAUUUGGUAUGAUCGUCUUUAUUUUUCAGCACAGUCUGAACUCUCUUAGGCAGCUUUCUUGUAAUUUCUUUAAGUAAUCUUCAGGAAUAGUUCUCCAGGUUUCUUCAAGGACAUUUAAAGCUCUUCUUUGAAAGUGGUCUGCCUUUUGUUCUGUUCUCUGUCAGGAUGAUCCUAUACUGCUUCAAUAAUGUUGAGGCCUGGGUUCUGGUAAGACCUUUCCAUGUGAUAUGUGUGUUUUUCUAUCCAAAUAUGCUUUUACUGCGCUGACAUUGUGUUUGGGAUCAUUUUUAUGCUAAAAAAUGAAGCUGUUGCCUAUCAGAUACUUUCCAGGUAUAUCACAUAGUAAAUCAAAAUCCUAUGAUACUUUUCUGCGUCCAUACUUCCAUCAAUUUUGACAACAUCCCCCACACCACUGGCUGCAACCCCAAACCAUGACAGCCUAAACUGUGUUUUACAGAUGCCUUUUUUUGGUAAACAAUGUUGUUAAAGGCUAAACCUACUAAAUCUAAACCAAAUGAAAGACUAAAAAUUGCAAAAAUUCUAACAGCAAUAAAUCACUUCCCUUUUUGUUUGCAGA